UCCUUGAUUAAAGUUUUUUUUAAUUAAUCUGAAAAUUCCCAAACCAGAUAAAAGUAUAUUCAUUAUUUAUAUUUUACAUUUUUAUAAUUUUAUUUCGUUAGCGAUUAUAGAGAAAUGAGCACGUGCGAAGCGACGACAUCGCCAUCUGAUACUACUGAAGUUCGGAAGCAAAAAAUGGAGAAUGUGAAUGAAUGAUGUGUGCUGUGUAACUGCAAACAUAUUACUAUCGGGGCGAGAUAAAUCUAUCGCUGCAAUGACCAUGAAUACAUUAUGCGCUGCAUUUCGCAAGAUCGCGGUGGGCAGAAUAAGUACCGCUGCCACUGCAAGAUAUUCGACGCAGCGAUCAAACCGCGAUGCGAAUAUAGGUUCCCGUUUAACGUCUGACACGUGCGGCAUGCAAUGUGGUACGGGGACGAUACACAGCAUUAAGUUUAUCCCGGGAACACUUAACAUAGACAUUAGAAUGCCUGCGAAUGGAAGUUUAAUAAGAAAUAUUAUUGAAUCACCUGCUAUUAAGAUUCCUCCAUUGCGAGAGCCUGUGAAGCGUUUGCCCAUUCAGUAUGAUUCUCCUGUACCAGAAAAAUCUGUGGAUCUACCUACGAGUGGAAGAAUCAUUGAUAAACAGGCGGAAAACAUGUUAAGGAUCAGGCAUAAGAAAAUGAAGAAACACAAACGAAAGAAGCUGCGUAAGAAGAUGAAAUUUGUAUGGGCAAAGAUAAGGCUCAAGAGGGCCCAUAAAAGGGAGAGAUUGUUUCAGGCUGAGCUACGUGCCAAAGUCAAGGAAGCUCAAGCGUUUGACCCUAAGGAGUACGUCAACGAGAAACUAAAUAUCUUGAACAAGGAGCGACUACCAAGAAUGUUCAGAGGCGAGAUUCUGCCGCCUGAGAUGAUUAAGCAAUUUGUGAACGAGAAAAAAGCAAGAAAGGAUGCUAAACGUAACAAACCUCGUUUGACUCUAUAACUUAUGUAUGAGUCGUGGUAAUAAAAUUUUAUUGGAAUAGUA